UGCAACGUCUCCCAUAAACUUAAAAAGGGCGAGACUGGGAAGCGACAGGGAGUCACAUCUGGAGAACAUUCCUCCGGUACUGAUGUUGACCAGAACUAUGGAUUGAGAAUGGAGAUAGGUUAUCUGUGUGGUGCGGUCGUCCUCAUCAGCCGAGUGCGCACACAUCGCACCUUUUGAACAAGAAAAGUUAUUUUUUUUUGUUGCCACUACUCUCUUGGAUUUUCUGAAAUCUCUGAAGCGCCCCUGUUACACUUACAACAUGAGCGACAUCUAUGAAUCGGCAGCCAACUCCCUUGGUCUGUUCGGCAGCAGCCAGUGCCUGACUAAGGUGGAGCUCAGGGUGGCCUGCAAGGGAAUAUCCGACCGUGACGCCCUCUCCAAGCCGGACCCUUGCGUCCUCAUCAAAAUGCAGUCCCAUGGACAGUGGCUAGAGGUGGACAGGACGGAGGUGAUCCGGAGCAGCAUCAGCCCCACCUUCUCCAAGAUCUUCACUCUGGACUUCUACUUUGAGGAGGUGCAGCGACUACGCUACGAACUCUAUGACAUCAGCAGCAGCCACAACGGGCUGAAGGAAGAGACCUUUCUGGGCGCCAUGGAGUGCACGCUGGGCCAGAUUGUGUCCCAGAGAAAACUCUCCAAAGCUUUGCUCAAACAGGGUAGCACAGUGGGCAAAUCCUCCAUACUGAUCACUGCUGAGGAGUUGACGGGGAAUGAUGACUAUAUUGAGCUGUCUUUCAGUGCCAGGAAAUUGGACGACAAGGACUUUUUCAGUAAAUCGGACCCAUUCCUAGAGAUCUUCAGGAUAAAUGAUGAUUCCACAACACAACUUGUACACAGAACAGAGACUGUUAUGAACAACCUCAACCCUAUGUGGAUAACCUUCAAAGUGUCUCUCAACUCUCUCUGUAGUGGAGACCAUGACCGAAAACUCAAGUGCACGGUGUGGGACUGGGACUCCAAUGGGAAGCACGACUUCAUAGGUGAAUUUGAGGCCACGUUUAAAGAGAUGAGAGGGGCGAUGGAUGGAAGACAGGUCCAGUGGGAGUGUAUAAACCCCAAAUAUAAGAUAAAGAAAAAGAACUACAAGAACUCUGGAAUUGUCAUUCUAAAUCAGUGCAAGAUUAUAAAGAUGCACUCUUUCCUCGACUACAUUAUGGGUGGCUGUCAGAUCCAGUUUACAGUAGCUAUUGAUUUCACUGCCUCUAAUGGUGAUCCUCGCAACAGCUGCUCUCUCCACUACAUCCACCCCUACCAGCCUAACGAGUACCUCAAAGCCCUGGUCACCGUGGGAGAGAUCUGCCAGGAUUACGACAGUGACAAAAUGUUCCCUGCAUUUGGCUUUGGUGCACGGAUCCCGCCUGACUUUAAGGUGUCCCAUGACUUUGCCGUGAAUUUUAAUGAGGAGAACCCAGAAUGUGCAGGUAUCCAGGGUGUGGUCGAUGCCUAUCAGAACUGCCUUCCUAAGAUCCAACUCUAUGGACCCACCAACAUCGCCCCUAUCAUACAGAAGGUGGCCAGCUCUGCUUCACAGGAAAUGCACACCAAGGAGGCAAUGCAGUACUUCAUUCUGCUCAUCUUGACGGACGGCGUGAUCACGGACAUGGCGGACACGAGGAAAGCCAUCGUCCAAGCCUCCCACCUGCCCAUGUCCGUCAUCAUCGUUGGCGUGGGCAACGCUGACUUCAGCGACAUGCAGAUGCUGGACGGGGAUGACGGGAUCCUGCGCUCGCCUAAAGGGGAGCCCGUUCUACGAGACAUCGUCCAGUUCGUCCCCUUCCGUAACUUCAAACAUGCCUCCCCUUCAGCGCUGGCAAAGACUGUCCUUGCAGAAGUGCCCAAUCAAGUGGUUGACUACUACAAUAGCAAGGGCAUCAAGCCCAAAGUGCCCAGUGACUACCAGUCUUCCAUAACGUUUGGCCCUUGAUCUUUCCCAUUUUCUGCACCCAGAGCGCUCGUCAUAGCUAACUUUAAAAGACAGUUACUGUUUGGGGUAAAUUAUAUUUUAUGUUGUGCAUGCUGAAAUGUUAACAGGCUUGCAUUUGUUGACAUUUCAAACAUUUAUAUGAAUGACAAAAAAGCACCCACACAGAAAUGCAUAACCAACUACAACCAAACUUGGCUUCCCUACAGAUGAAGCAUGUGGAUAAAGGAAUGUACUGGAUGGAUAACCGCCCUUGUUCGUUUUUCUAACAGUUUGUUGAGAUUUUGCAAAAUUUCGUAAGAUUCGUAUAUUGUAAAGCAUUUUGGAUCAAUGCAAGUUAAGUGGCAACCUACUUUAAUACCCAUAGCCUCAGCGGCUGCUUUGAAGUUGGAGCAGAUGCAUGGACUGUUGUUUUGCAUGCUCAUAACGAUGCAGGAACGCGUUUUAUGUUGUUUUCUUUGUGAGGAAUCAAGUUUACAGUGUCGGUUAUGGAAGGGUAUUCUCUACUCUAAAGCAUGUUCAAAUGUGUGAGUAGAACGUAAAGCACAACUUGAGUAUUCUGGGAAAAUGAAUAUAAAAUUAUGGUCACAUGAUUUGCAAUAGUUCUGUAACCAUAAAGUAGUGCGUGAAAAAGGAUGAACAACUUAUGAUAAUAAACACUUUAUCAAUAUCUUUG